AAGCAUGUGUUGUGGAAUAGCAAGUAGUUUUAGCUACGUAGGUUAUGUUGCCAAAGUUACAUGGAUCGUGUGCAACGUUACCUAAAUAUGUUAUUGGAAUGUAAUAUUAGGUAGUUUGUGAGUAGCAGUUAACUAUAUACAGCAGUUACCUUAACUUAUAAUUUUGUACGAGAAACAACACCGUUUACAACAUGGAUGAUCAAGCGUGCCCACGGUGUAAAACCACCAAAUACCGAAAUCCAUCGUUGAAGAUGAUGGUGAACGUCUGCGGUCACACGUUAUGCGAGAGCUGCGUGGAUCUGCUCUUUUUAAAAGGCUCCGGAUCCUGUCCAGAAUGCAAGAUUCCACUGAGAAGAACAAACUUCAGAGUUCAAAUGUUCGAGGAUUCUAUGGUCGAGAAGGAAGUGAAUAUAAGGAAACGUAUUUUACGAGAUUUUAAUAAAAAGGAAGAAGACUUUUCCACGUUAAGAGAAUAUAAUGAUUAUUUAGAGGAAAUUGAGACUAUAAUAUAUAACCUGGCCAAUAAUAUCGAUGUAGUUGAAACAAACAAGAAGAUAGAGCAGUAUAAAAAGGAUAACAAAGAACAAAUAGCAAAAAGUAAGUCUAAGCUUGGCAGAAAUGAGUACGAGCUAGAGGAGAUGAUAGAAAUGGAGAAGCAGAAAGAAGAGGAAAGGAGAAUAGAACUUGCGAAGGAAGAGGUUGAAGCAAAGAGGAGGAAAAUUCGUGAGAAGGAAGCUCUUAUCGACGAGUUAACGUUCUCUGAUACGAAUGCCAAAAAUAUCGUUGAAUCAUUCGCCUCCGCGAUACAGACGCAGAAGAAGGAAGCAAAAGCUGCCUCAUCGUCCACCGUUAGAGCAACUCAGUUUAGUACAGGAAUUAAAUUUGGUAAUCAGGGAAAUCAGAAUUACUUGUCAGUGCCAAAGAUAGAAGAGGGGCCUCUCUACACUUACACGCCCAUUCGGCAGCAGGUAGAAGGCCCGACACCGCCCAGCUGGCGAGAGCUUCAAGGACGUGGAUAUGUUACGCAUAUACGUAACGAAUGUAAGAGUGAGAGAGCAGGAGGAUUUAGAGCGCACGUCGCAUGCUUACGAGCAUUGCAGGAAGCGAUGGCCGGUUUGUACCACAAUCCUUCGCAACGACAAGCUGAAUUUGCACCUGUAUGACUACAAAAUAUUCUUGAAUAACGAAUGUGAUAUAUCCAUGUUUACUUUGAUUUUUUGAUAACAUAUAUUAUCGUUUUAAUCAGCUGUCGAAAUAAGAAUUAUUAUUUUAGUUUGUCACAUGAAAUACGAGUUAGUUCAGAAUUUGUCGUGCAGUGACAGUGCCUUGAGUAUAAAUUGAUGCAUAUAUAAUGCAUUAUAGCUCAAAUUGCCAAAGCACUUCUGUCAUCAGAUAGAUGAUUUUUUGCUUUGUAUAAAAUGUAUAUAUAUGUAUAUGUAUAUCACUUUUAAGAUAAUUUUACCGUUUAUCAGUUAAAAUAAAUCUCAUAUUAUUAUGUCUAGUGAUAUGCAUUUCUUUGCAAUCACAGAAGAGAACAAGUUUUUUUUUUAAUAAAAAUGUAUUAUAUUACACUUAAAAAAAACACGAAAAUUAAAAUUGUUACAAAUACCGAAAUAUUGUGUAAUAUAUGUAUAUGAAUAUGUAUAUUACAUAAUAUAUAAUUCUUUGCAAAAAAGAAAAUAAACUUUUUAUUUAUACAUCGGUGUUGUUUGCAUAAAAUGAUUAUGUAUUUAUAAGUAUACUUAGAAUAAUUUAUAAUUUAUCUCAAUUUAUUAAUAAUGAUUUAUCAUUAUAACUGAUACAAAUCAACGUAUAAAAAAUGCUUUUGUUAAAUAUAA